CAGAUUUCUUCCUCUCUCUUUUUUCUUUCUCUUUCUCUCUUCUUUCUCUCUUCCAAACACUUUUUUCCGGAUCUAGAUCUGUUCCCUUCUCUUGUUAUUCAUUUUUUUCUCCAAUCGACAAAGAAAAAAAUUGCAGCCUCCCCUCUCAAAUUCGGUGACGCUCCAAAUCCUUCUUAUCUCGAUCUGCUCCUUCCUUCUGGUCUUUCUUUUCUCGGCAUCAAAAUAGAUGACGCUCCAUAUUGACCAAGAGGGGACAGAUCUAGUUCCGAGAAAGAAGAGUUAGAAGACAAUGAAGUGGGAGAAGAAAGUGAAAAGAGUCG